GGGCGGGCUCAGCUGCCGGGGGGGGGUGAGGGGUGGGCGGCCGCCAGCUCCGCUCCCUUCCCGCUGCAAUAAAUCGGCUUAGGGCGGCAGCUCGGGCAGGAGCUGGGGCGGGGGGGGGACACACGGAGCCGGGCUGAGCCCCUCACCGUGAUGCCCCCCCCGGGUAGGGGGCUGGGGGGGCGGUGAGACCACCCCCCCAUGGGGCUGUGUCCCCCCCCCGCCGGCAUCAUGCGGACCAUGAACCCCCUGCCCCUCUGGGUGCUGCUCUGGGACCUCCUCCAUCUGGCGCUGGCCUACCUGACAGUCAGCAUCGAGCCACUGCCACCCGUGGUGGUGGGAGACGCCGUCACCUUGAAAUGCAACUUCAAGACUGAUGGGAAGAUGAGAGAAAUUGUCUGGUACAAGGUGACAGAUGGUGGCACCAUCAAGCAGAAGAUCUUCACCUUUGAUGCCAUGUUCAACACCAAUUUCUCCCACAUGGAGAAUUACAGGAAGAGGGAGGACCUGGUCUACCAGUCCACCGUGCGCCUCCCCGAGGUUCGGAUUUCAGACAACGGUCCCUACGAGUGUCACGUGGGGAUUUAUGACAGAGCCACGCGGGAGAAAGUGGUCUUGGCUUCUGGGAGUGUGUUCCUCAACGUGAUGGCUCCUCCAACAUCCAUCUCGGUGCUCGCCGCUGACACGCCGGCGCCCUUCAGCCGCUACCAGGCACAGAACUUCACCCUGGUGUGUGUGGUCUCUGGUGGCAAACCCGCCCCACUGGUGUACUUCAAGCGGGACGGAGAACCCAUUGAGGCCACUCCACUCCCGGAGCCGCCGGCCGGCGCCGGGAACUGGGCCCCCCGGAACCUCCUUCACCGUGACCUGGAUGACACCAAGGUGCCAAAAUCCCUGGCGGGCGAGGGGGAAGCAGGAGGAGGACGACAACCUUGGGCCACAGCAGAGCCUCCACGGGGACUGGCAGCUGAGCGGGAUCCCGUCACCGAGAUCAUCCCCGAGACAGUGGUGAGCCAGGAAUUCCCACGCUGGGUCCACAUGGCUGAGCCCAUCUACUACUUCCGGCACACCCAUGCACCCGUCAGCGAUGGGACAGUGGAGGCCAGGGCCACCCUCACCUGGACCCUCAACCCCCAAAUUGACAACGAGGCCCUCUUCAGCUGUGAGGUCAAGCACCCAGCACUCUCCAUGCCCAUGCAGUCCGAGGUGACGCUUGUUGCUCCCAAGGGCCCAAAGAUCACCAUGACCCCAACGAGAGCUCGCGUUGGAGACACCGUGCGGAUCUUGGUGCAGGGCUUCCAGAACGAAGUCUUCCCUGAGCCCCUCUUCACCUGGACACGGGUGGGGAGCCGGCUCCUCGAUGGCAGUGCUGAGCAUGAUGGCAAAGAGCUGGUUCUGGAGAGGGUACCAGCUGAGCUCAAUGGGUCCAUGUACCGCUGCACCGCCCAGAACCCGCUGGGCUCCACCGACACCCACACCCGGCUCAUCGUUUUUGAAAACCCAAAUAUUCCCAGAGGAACAGAGGACUCCAAUGGUUCACUUUCCAGCCACCUCAGCUUCAGAUUAGUUUUGGCACUCACCCUAACAGUGAUCCUGGAGCUAACGUGAAGCUUCGCCUGCCUCUUCCUCCUCCUCCUCUUCCUCUAUACAGCCCCACCUGGCAUCCCCACCUCUGUCAAUUGGUUCUCCUGCUCUCUCUUAUUUUUAUUUUUUUUUCUAUACUAUUUACAGUCUCAGUCUCUUUCUGUCUGUGUCUUGGCUUCCUCAGACAAUUUAAUUAAAAGGAAAAAAAGGAAAAAUCU